CAAAAAAGCUCAAAGAUGGCACAGAUUCGGUCACGCUUACUUUCAACGGGGGAGGUGAUCGAGCCAGUAGAGCAGGUGUUUGACCAGAUGAAGGAUAUGGAGGAGCAGCUCGAUCCAUCCUUUUUCAAGAUGAUUGAGUAUUAUUUUGACAAGGGAGCGACGAUUAUCACACCCAAACUGGUCGAGGAGCACCCAUCGCGCGAAAUGACAAAGGAAGCAAAAGUCAAAUUUGUCACUGGAAUUAUCGCUGCAAUCAAGCCGGCCAACAAGGUCAUUCCUGUAAGUUAUGAACCGCUACUAACGAUGAAUUAA